AUUUGACAUUUUCACAUCUAGACUAGUGUUCUGAAAAAUUGUUUUGAAAUUUCAAAUAACAAAUAGUGUCUAAUUUAAAAUAUAAUUUCUUUAGAGACACUUUAUCUAGAUUUUAUUUUAUUACUUAUAUACCUGUGUUCAUUUCACGAAAUUUUAUUGACAACAUGGAGAAAGCUAUACAACAAAUUGCCCAAACAAUGGAGCGACAGCUCGAUUUUGAGCUGGAAAAGCUAGAUGCUCUGGAUGGUGGUGACCUUGAAGCUAUUCGUCAACAGCGCUUAAAUGAGAUGAAACAACGUGCUAAACAAAAACAAGAGUGGCUGGUUAAUGGUCAUGGUGAAUAUACAGAGAUAGAUGGAGAAAAGGAAUUCUUUACUAUAUGCAACAAGAGUGAGAACCUCGUAUGCCAUUUCUAUAGACAUGAUUCACCUAGGUGUCGCAUAUUUGACAUGCACCUUAAGAUCUUGGCCAAAAAGCAUGUUGAGACUCGAUUCAUUAAGAUGGAUGCUGAGAAAGCACCAUUUUUAACUGGCCGUCUCAAAAUACGUGUAAUACCAACUCUUGCAUUAGUGAAAGCAAAUAAGACAAAGGAUUUUGUGGUUGGAUUCACUGAACUUGGUAACCGAGAUGACUUCUCCACAGAUAUGCUCGAGUGGAGGAUCGCCAGGUCAGAAGUGAUCGAAUAUUCUGGAGACAUUCUAACACCACCUACUGAGGGUAAAAAGAAGUCCGUGCAUAUCCAAAGUAAGAAGGCUAUAAGGGGAAGAACAGACUCUGAUUCAGAUCUUAGUGAUUGAUAGUUUAGUUAAUAAUAUUGAAAAUUUUUGGUAAAGUUAUAUACACUAAUGCGCAUUUAUAAAGAGCCAAAAGCUUAUUACUGAAUUUGAAUUAGGAAUGAAUAAUUUUUAAGAAAUUAUUUCAUGUGACCACAGGCCCACUCAAGGCCAUGAUUUCAUUUUCUCUAUAUAUUGGAAAGUUAUUUCAAUAGCUUUAUUGAAAGUCUUAUAUCUUAUAUUUUUAAUACUAAUAAUUUAAUAAUUUGCCACUAUUAUUUUUAAAUUUUGUAUUCAGUAUGCUGUGUUGAGAGAAAAAAUGUUUCUGCUUGUAUUUAGAAAUCCUUGUUAUUGUAAAAGGAAUUUGGGAUGUUUUGGAAUAUUGUAAAAUUUGCUUUAAGUUACUAAAGUUAUUAAAUUAAUAAAACAUAUAAUCCA